AUGAGGAACUGUUCAGUGGUGACUGAGUUCAUCCUCUUGGGAAUCCCACACACAGAGGGAUUGGAGAGUCUGCUUUUUGUCUUAUUCCUGCCCUUCUAUAUAUGUACCCUGCUGGGAAAUGUGUCGAUCCUGGUGGCUGUUAUUUCUUCCACUCGCCUUCAUACACCCAUGUAUUUCUUCCUGGGGAACUUGUCUGUGUUUGACAUGUGUUUCUCCUCUGUGACCUGUCCCAAAAUGCUGCUCUACCUUAUGGGACAGAGCCAACUCAUCUCCUAUCAACACUGUGUCUUCCAGCUCUUCUUCUUCCAUUUCCUUGGAAGCAUGGAGUGUUUCUUGUACACUGUGAUGGCCUAUGACCGAUUUGCUGCCAUCUGUUACCCUCUGCGAUACACAGUCAUCAUGAGACCUAGAAUCUGUGUGGCCCUGGCUGCUGGCACAUGGCUCUUAGGGUGCAUACAUUCCAGUGUCUUAACCUUCCUUACCUUCACCUUGCCAUUCUGUGGUCCCAAUGAAGUGGAUCACUUCUUCUGUGAUAUUCCAGCACUCUUGCCCUUAGCCUGUGCUGAUAUAUCCUUAGCGCAGAGAGUAAGCUUCACAAAUGUUGGGCUGGUAUCUCUUGUCUGCUUUUUCCUGAUUCUCUUAUCCUAUACUAGAAUCACAGUCUCCAUCUUGAGUAUCAGUACAACUGAGGGCCGUCGUCGUGCCUUCUCUACCUGCAGUGCCCACCUCAUUGCCAUCCUCUGUGCCUACGGGCCAAUCAUCACUGUCUACCUGCAGCCCACACCCAACCCUAUGCUGGGAACCGUGGUACAAAUUCUGAUGAAUCUAGUAGGACCAAUGUUGAACCCUUUGAUCUAUACCUUGAGGAAUAAGGAAGUAAAGACAGCACUGAAAAAAAUAUUGCAAAGAACAGGACAAUUCAUGAGAGUUAGUAAGAGUUAA